GCACCACACCCUUGUCACUUCGCUCCCCCUAGCCGUCACCAGAACCGACGACCGCCUGUCCUUCUACAACAAUGACAGCUAGGGCAUCUCCCCACUUUCUCGUGGACUCUCAAUUCUCCUCAUGGUCAGCAGGACAAGAGACCAGGCGGAAUAAGGCAAGCUGUGCGAGUAUAUAUUGGAGGCCUGGAAGACGCUUGCUCACACAUUGUCUUGGUACCGAUCUAGGUGGCAGUGGUCCUCACUCAGCAAUAAUUGAACUCACCAUGUUCAGAUACGGUCUCUUCUUGUUGGUGGCGAGCUCAUCUGUAUUGUGCCUGCCAGACAAGCCCCGUAGACUCUACGAACCUCCGCGACAAACGUAUCUACCCCCUUGCUCAACAACGUACGUGGAUAAAUUAGUGACGGUGACGGAGACUGUUCCCUCUUACGUCACAACGACUGUCGACAACUAUGUCACGGUCACCGAAACUGAACAUCUUACUGAAUACGAGACCGUCGUUUCUACCGUGGUGGAACCCACAUACAUCACAGAAACACAAGUUUCCACGGUCGUCGACACUGUCCACAACACUGAGUAUGUGACAGAGACUCAAGUUGUUACCGACACUGUCCACUCCACUGAGACUCAGUACGAGACCGUCGUCUCCACCGCUGUCGAGUACGAGACCGUCAUUUCUACCGUGGUGGAACCCACACACAUCACAGAAACACAAGUUUCCACGGUCAUCGACAUUGUCCACAAUACUGUGUACGUGACAGAAACUGAAGUAGUGACCGACACUGUCCACUCCACCGAAACUCAGUACGAGACUGUCGUCUCCACCGUUGUUGAGCCUUCCUACAUCACAGAGACCGAGUACUCAACGGAAGUCGAGACUCAGUUAUCAACUGUGUCCGUCACACAAACCCAGUACGAGACCGAGACCGUCGUCUCCACCCAGGUCCAGGUGGAGACCACUUCCUUGUACUUCACCGAAGUGGAGACAGUGUAUUCCACUGCGUACGUCACCACCACGGAGGAGAUCACGCCCACUACCUCAUACCUCCCCCCUCCUGUCACCAAACCCACAUAUAGUUACCCACCACCUCUCACAAGUUUCAACUUUUAAGUUGACAUUGUGAUCUCUAAUCCGGAAUGAGGCUGAUUCACAACGAGAGCACAGCUUCACGAAUGGACACCUCUUAUAAAUUGAUGCUUAGGAAUAUUUACACUAUAUUAUAUCAUAAUUUAAAUAAAACUUUGAAGUAAA